AUGUCUUUACUCCAUUCUGAAUGGACUGCGUUUCUCUCGCAGAAUCCCACUGUCAGCCAUGACGACGAGAACAGAAACGAGCGUUUCUUCUCUUCCUCAGAAGGUCGUGCCCUUGCCGAACAAGUAUCAAGCGUUGACACAACUGUCCCAGCCAGGGACAAUCAUCAGAUCCCUGUCCGGAUUUACACUCCCAAACACCGCUCAUCCGAUGCGAUUGUCAUAUUCUACCACUCUGGAGGCUUCGUGCAAGGCUCUCUCGACACGGAAGAUAUCUCGUGCAGACACAUGGCACUAGGUGGCCCCAGCACUGUCAUCAGCGUCGACUAUCGGCUCAGCCCGGCGCAUCAGUAUCCUAUCCCUAUCAACGACGGAUGGGAUGCGUUUGAGUACAUUGUCACCAAUCUCCCCACCCUCCUGCCGAAGCACGGCACUUCGGUCAGGGUAGUGGUCAGUGGGACGUCAUCAGGCGGACAGCUCGCCGCCAUUGUCUCGCAGAAGGCGAGAGACUGGAUGCGAGAUCCAAAGAAGACCACUGCUGCUGCAAGUAUCACUAUUAGCGGUGUCCUGCUCCGCGCUCCGGUGACUGUAUGUGGCACGGAUGCGGCGCUGAUCCCACCCUGUUUCAGAGAUUUGCACCAGUCGUGGACUGAGAAACUGGAGACGGAGAAGCUUGACAGACAAGACAUGGCGGAGAAUCAUGAUCUACUUGGGGUCCCAUAUGCAGAGGGAACACACCCCGAGGCUUAUCCUCUCUGGGGCCGAUUUGACGGACUGCCAAAGACGUAUGUCCAGAUCUGUGAUGUCGAUAUCCUCCGCGACGACGCAGUGUGCUAUGUGCGAGGUCUUCAGAACGCAGACAUUGAGGUGCGGGUCUCAUUCUACAAGUCGCUGCCACAUAUUUUUUGGGUAUAUGCGCCUCAAUUGGAGGUGUCGAGACAAGCGCAAGAAGAUUGUGUCAAUGGUUUGCGAUGGCUCUUAGGGUUGACAGCAUAA